CUCGCACGUCCUGUAAGGAGUUCAAUAUCGUGCUACGGCUUUCAUCCAACAACUUUCUCAAGGACUCAUCGGUUGAAAAUCAUCAUUGUCUCGUCUCUCCUGGGAUAUUUUUCUCUAUCUUCGUUCCAUCUGCUUCCAGUGAUCUAGGGCUGAUAUUUCAAUUUCAGAUGCAUCACUCUGACCACAGCGUGGACUUCCCGGACCUCCUGCAGAUCCCUGACAGCCCUGCAGAGCUGCGCACAGUCAAGGGAGUGUGAACACACACAGCUACUUAACACACAUCCCCCUUUGUCUUCUCACACCUGGAGCCUUUGUCUUAUUGACCAUGGACAGCUCUCCCAAACUGUCUGGCGAGACCCUAAUUGUUCAUCAUAUUCCCCUGGUACACUGCCAAGUGUCAGGUCGACGUGAGGGCAGUUGUGCUGGUUCCUUGAAGAGGAGCAACCCCUUCAGCCUCCCAGAGAACCUGGGUUUGAGCCGCACCACUUCCCUUCCUGAAAGAGACGUCUUCCAGAAAGAGUCUCUGCUUUAUAGCAGCUUGAUCCAGACCUCCAGCAGCCACUGGUCCUCCCAGAAUGGAGGAAAAGAGAAAAAGGGGAGCAGGAGGGGAGGGAGCACAGCCAGCGAUGACUCAUCAUUUACCUCCAGCAAUUCAGAGGAUCAGCUGAUCACUGCUCACACUCUGCCGAGAGCUAAACCCAGGAGCAGGAAUCCUUUCCGUCACAACCCUUUUCUACUGAAUACAGAGGACGAUGAGGAUGAUGAUGAAGACGACCACGACAACCUGAGCGGUUACCAUGAAGACUCGUCUUUCCACCUGCACAGCGACACGACUCUCCCAGAGGGACUGGUACCGUUUCACUUGCAUGACUUCGGAUUUGCAUCAGAGCCUUUUCGCCUGCACAGCCUAACAGGAGGGGGCAGCCAUGAGUCACUGGGGGGCGGUGUGUCUGACCUUUCCAACAACCUAGAAGACAUAAACAUCCUGGGACUGCGUGAUCAACGGCGGCAUGGCAGCAGCGGCUCCAACAUGUCAAUGGACUGUGGCGAGCAGGACUGGGGAGAUGACGAAGAAGAGGAAGAUCACCAGAUGAGAUGUGGGCGCAGCAGCAAGACAGGGUCUUAUUCCUCUGGCUGCUCAACUCAGCACUGCUCCUGCUGCGCACUCUCUCAGCAUUACCCCGAAGCAUUCUCUGAGUGCCAGCAGGGCUACGGCAGCGACUCCUCCUGCAACAGCUCGGACGGCGUCCUAGUCAACUUCAGUGCUAUUUAUAAUAAAAUGAACAACAGUGUCCCAGAGAAGCCAGCUGGGCCCAACCUCAACAGCUCCACAGACCACUCCUGCACAUCAUCUGCGUCGGAUCCACCCCUGCACCAGGAGGACUUAACAGGAGGGGCCUUCUAUCUUGACCUCCACACCUCACCUACUGAACCCGUCUUUUCUCAACAGCAAACCUCCUGCAUUGGAAACUCUUUUCCAGCAAAUCAAGCCCCAAAUCUGUCCACAUUCUCCACCUGUUCCUGCUCCGUGGAGCACCAGGGGGCACUUGACCUUGAUGCCAACUGCAACUCAUACCAACCCCCCCACUUUGGAUCAUCAGGUGACCUGGCAGCUUGUCUGCAGAGUCAGGCGCGCUUAGUCGUCGCCACCCAAAACUACUAUAAGCUGGUGACCUGUGACCUUUCGUCCCAGUCCUCGCCCAGUCCAGCUGGGUCUUCAGUUCACAGCUGCUCGGAUGAGCACAGUAAGGGCAGUCCGACUCCUCCUCAGCCCAGCGAGUACUAUUUGUUCAGACAGCAGGAGGAGGAAGAGGAUGAAGACGAAGAAGCUACGUCCAGAAAGAAACAUUUUCAUGAGGAAGAUGACGAGACAGAUGAAGAGAAGAAAGAAGAGAAGGCACUCCGGGCAGAAGCUGUCAUUAACGGUCAGGUGUACAUCAACGUCUCCCCGCCUCUAGUGGAUGAGGGUCUCGACGGGGCAUCCUCCAGCACAAGCCGGCUCCGUUCCCGCAGUUACGAUCGACACCUGGACAAGUCUCCGGCUCGGCGACUUGGAUCUUUAGAGCGGAUGCUCAGCUGCCCCGUGCGCCUUAGCGAAGGCACCACCCAGACCCCGCCUCCUCCCCCGAGGGUCACCUCAUUCGCAGAGAUAGCCAGGAGUAAACGCAGAAAUGGAGGAUCGCCUCCGCAAAAGACAGCGGCUGACCCAAUCACCUCGAACAAUUCCUGUCAUUCUCACUCUUCAGCUGAUUUCUCACCAAUUGUGGAGCAGCACGUGGAGGCACACAGUUCAGCGCCAGCACCCUUCACCAGGUGUUACAGCCAGGGCAGCAUAGAGCGAACCCUAGAGGGAGGAAGAGAGACACGGUCCAGAACUGAAGGUGGUCCUUCCUGCUCAAUAGAGAACAUACCUGCUGUGGUCCGCUAUCGUAAAGACCAGAGGCCCACCUCCCUCCCCAUCCAACCCUUCACUUUCCACCAUCAAUUCACGUCCAAGCCCCCGCAGCCCAAGCCGCUGCUGCCCCUGCUUACAGGAUACGUCCCUGGGAUGCAGGCCUGCUCCAGCUCCGGGCCCGGUUCUGGAGGAGCAGAGGAAGAGGAAGAUGCUCACACUUCUCCCGUCACAACAACGCAUCCUCCUGGAUCAGUGCGGCCCUCGCCUCUCGGGAGUUACUCUCCGGUUCCCCUGCAGAGAGCGUCCAGCUCUGGAACCUGUUCAACGUGCACACCCAGUCCAAAGCCCCCUCACAGUCCGGCCUGCCUGCUCUCUGGUGGACAGCACACACCCCAGACAGCAAGGCACAGCACAGGCUCAGGACCACUUCCCCUCACUCCUCCCCCUCCUUCACUGGGAGUCAAAAGAGGGGUGGUACCACCAACUUUGCCUGCAGUUCCCGGACAUUGUUUCCGUGGAUCGUUGUCCAGUUUACCUGCUCUCCAGAGUGACACACUGAGUCCACUGGGGUUUGAGUCUGGAAAAGCAGAUGCUUGCAAAGCACCUGGAGUCAGAUCACACAAUGCACACCACCUCUCUCCUCAGGCUCUCAAGUGGAGAGAGUACCGAAGGAGAAACCCUCUUGGGGUGGAGAGAGUCUCCAGCAGCCAAUCAUCACCGGGGGUUAUUGCUGAGCCUCACAGGGGGGUGGCUCUCCGCCCUGCCCGACCAAAUGUGUUCGAUUUCCCUCCUGUGCCGCCUCGCCACGCACCAGGCCGGCUGAAUGGAGGUCACACGGGGAAACAGCUGCAGCAGAGUCACAACGACUUCCUCCCGGAUUAUUUCUCCCUGGCUGAGAAGCCACCCGAGGAGUUCUGCCUCUCCCCUGACGCCUCCACCUCCUCCUCGUCCUGCUCCUCCUCACAGUCUCAAAUCUCUGUCGACCUGACACAGAAGAGAGGUCUGGUAAAAGCCGUGAAUACAGCCGUCGACCUCAUUGUCGCGCACUUCGGCACCAGCAGGGACCCGGACGUGAAGGCUAAACUGGGAAACAGCUGGGUGAGUCCUAACGUGGGUCACCUGGUGCUCAAGUAUCUGUGUCCAGCGAUACACGAGGUACUACAAGAUGGGCUGAAAGCUUACGUACUGGACCUGAUCAUCGGUCAGUGCCGGUGUCAGCCUUGGAGCCUGGUGGAAGCCUCCACACAGCUAGGUCCGUCCACACGAGUCCUGCACAGCCUCUUCACCAAAGUCAGCCAGUUUUCGGAGCUGACCAGCCACCGCAUGAGACUCAACGCUUUCAUCUUUGGACUGCUCAACCUUAAGUCUUUGGAGUUCUGGUUCAAUCACCUCUACACACAUGAAGACAUCAUCGCUGCACAUUACAACCCCUGGGGUCUCCUGCCGCUGUCCCAAGGAGCCUGUCAGCCUCUGUUUGAGGAGCUGCUCCUCCUGCUGCAGCCCUUGUCGGUCCUCCCCUUCGACCUGGACCUGCUGUUUGAGCCUCGCCUCCUCCAAAAAGGCCAGGAGCAGUUGCGUCGUAAAGAGCAGCUGUGCUCGACCGUCCAGAGCGCCGACCGGACCUCACGCUCCACCUUCCAGCUGAUGAGAGGAUGGAGCACCACUGUGAGCGAGAUGGUCCGGGACUCGCAUGGAGAUGGGAAGAGGGAGUCCAAGGGGUUGAGACGAGAGGGGACCUGGCCGAGGAUGGAGGUGACAGGAGUCAAGUCGCUGUUGAGAAAAGAGGAAGUCCAGAGAGGGAAAGGAGAGCAGGAGGACAGACGGAAGGAGGUGACAGACCGACAGGCCGGUUGGUGGUACCAGCUCAUGCAGUCCUCUCAGGUCUACAUCGACCAGUCCACAGAGGGGUCAAAGUUUGUCAAGACUGAGAAACGGAGGCGCUCGUCUGAGAGGAGACAGCAGCCACCCGCCAGAGAGGGAGUGGUGGAGGGAGCCGAGUCCAGCCAGGAGGGAGAUGGACGCAGCGGCGGGAAGAGCAGCAGCUCCAGCGCUGACUCAGCAGGCUCUGGAGGAAGAUCCUCCUGGAUGGGAAGUCCACCAGAGUCAGUUCUGACCCAAGAGACUUCUGGGGUAGAGGACCAGAGCACGUCACAGGGACAGAGUUUACGCUGGGGAAGGCUGUUUGGGUCCAGUCUUGGCUCUCCUUCGAAGACAGAGACUAUAGACACCACAGAGCCAAAACCUAAGCCGAAGACCAGGGCUCCGUCAGGUUGGCUGGGACUGGACCGCUCCGUCCUCGGACUUGUGGCACUAACCAUCGGUGCCGGAAGUGGGAAGAAAUCUGAUCCAGGGGUUCACCCGUCUCCACCGCCAUCAGUGACUCCACCUAGACCGCCCACAUGCGAGGUGCGGGCGCUGUGCCACCACAUUGCCACUGAACCGGGCCAGCUCAGCUUCAACAAGGGCGAUGUCCUGCGGGUUCUGGGCAAAGCAGAUCCAGAGUGGCUGAUGUGCUCUCUGGACUCUCGCCAGGGUUUGGUUCCCAUCAUCUACGUGACUCUCACCAGCAUGGAUGAGAGCCGGGAACUCCAGCAGUGAGAGGAACUGGCGCGCCCUAGUGGAAGUACUGGGCAGUGAGACCAUAUGCCAGGGACGCAUGCAGACUGAACAUCCAUGUGUGCAUGAAAACAUCCCUGAAGAGCAGACAGGGAAACCCAAAGAAUCCAAUGCACCGCUGCUCUGCUCCCAGCUGACGUCCGGUCCGGUAUCUCACUCUCACAGUCAGACAGUGGACCAAGUGCCACCAACAAGAUGGUUUUAAUUUAUCUACAUUGCACAUGUGAUCAGUAUUUAUGAACCAACCAACCUGUCAACCAGUCUGAUCAGAAGCCUGGACAGAAUCAUCCAUCUGGUCCCACCAGUAUAUAAUGUCCCUGCUGGUGAGUUCACGAUGCUUUUCAAGGUGAGGUACAAGCUUAUUUGGAGUCUUCUGACUGAAUCUCCCUGGGUGUGUGUUGGCCUCAUGCCAGUGUGCCACAUGCUGAGGUUGAUAUGAGGAUUGAGUGAGAGGUGUGUCUUUAUGCGUGACUCGUGACCCCUGAAAGUGGCGGAAAAUGUGUGAAAGAACCAUCAACUCACAUUGUAAAUUUAACUUAACUGAAUAGCUAUUAACUCAUAGGGAGUGAUGUAGUAUGUGAUGUUGUAAAGGAGAUAUAGAGAAGAGCAGGCAAACAGGUCUGAAAACUGACGCUGUCUUUGGCUUUAGAUCAAACUGGAUACGUCGUUGGUUGAAGUAAAUAUGUACCUUCAAAGUAUUUAACAAGCGGGAUGUGCAAGUCCAAGUGUAAAAAGUUGAAUUUAUAUAGUGGGAGAAAUGUCUUAAAAGGGGGUAGUGGGGAAACUGCACUGUUGGACACUUUAGGGCUCUUGACCUUCUCUUGUAUUUUCUACACGGAUUCCAACUUUCCUGAAAAAAACGUCCCUGUUGAAGGUGUAAAAGGGAAGGAGUCUCGCUGGGGAGAGUCGUCUUCAAAUGUGGCCUUCGAAGAAAACAGAAUGAACUACUCCUGUCGCCCAAAUAUCAUGUAAAUGUACAUGCGUUAAAUAAAUAACGGCUUGUGGAGUUUUUACUUAUGAUUUUGUUGCGUUGUUGUACAGUUUUUCAUUUGAAGUUACUUAACUGUAAAUACACAGAAGCUCGGCUGUGAAUGUGCUCGGUCAAGUUUGUGUGUUUUUUAUGUGACUAGGGAAAGUUGUUCGGCCUGCAGGACGUUGGCUGAGUUCACAGCUGGCUUUCAUACACCGGUCUGACGCCCAGCCUCAUGUGAGGAACAUCAUUGUGGAAAUGUUGAAGAUUAGAAUUGUUUUUUUUUUGGUUGUUGCAGGCAGUUGACGAAAACACAAGAUGUUUGGUUCAACAACUGGAGUCUGGAUCGGAGUGGACAGACGAUCGGAGAGGUGUCAGAUCGGUGCAUAUCUCCAGACAUGCUGACCUCUCAGAUCACUUCUGCCUGUAAAUACGUCCAGUAUCAGCGCCUCUUCUCGGUGUCCAGGCUUCAUGACAUGUACUCAUGACAUUAUCAAAACUACUAUUGGAUGUGAAAUUACAAAGUGAUCACAAACCUGUCUGGCUGUGGACUCUUGUUUUUUUCUUUUCCCGACAUAACAUCCGUGUGUGUUUGCUCUUA